AAACGGUGGUGUCGCCGUCAAACCCAGCAAUCGCUCUUUCAGAUUCGCCAUUUGUUCGCACCUUGUUGUCGGUCCGCAGGUCACUGAUUAAAACAACCGAAAAUGGAGAACGAUGCCGGAGAGUUUGUCGAUUUGUACUGCCCUCGCAAGUGCUCGUCGAGCAACCGCAUAAUCCACGCCAAGGAUCAUGCCUCCAUCCAGAUCAACAUCGUCGAUGUAGACCCCGAAACCGGCCGCAUGCUGGACACCUCGAAGGUUUACGCCAUCUGCGGCGAAAUCCGCCGUAUGGGAGAAUCGGAUGAUUGUAUCGUGCGGCUGGCCAAGAAGGACGGUCUGCUUUCAAAGAACUACUGAAUACAAUUUACUUGUAUGAAGCUGAGGGGCAUGUGAAUAAAAUUCCGUGAAACAAACUAAA